AUGGACGGAUCGCUGAGCGACGACGAGGUGACGCAGCAGCGCCUGCACAGUCGCCCGCAGCUCGCGACGACGGCGGAGGAUCUUACCGCGAACCUUCCCGACGAUUGCCUCGUGCACGUGUUCCGGAAGCUCGGAACGUCGGAUCUUGCCAGAUGCUCCUUGGUGUGCAGGCGCUGGUUCAUGUUAGACGCGGAGACCAGGCCAAGCAUGUCGCUGCGCGCGACUCUAGACGCCGCUCCGGACCUCGCGAGCCUGUUCAGGCGGUUCACGGGCGUGCAGAAGCUGGUGCUGAAAUGCGAGCGCAACGUGCUGAGCAUCGAUGACGCGUCCUUGGAUACCAUCGCCCGGCAGUGCGUUUACCUGCGGAAACUCAAACUCAAGAACUGCCGACAGAUCACGGACGAUGGCAUGGAGAGGUUCGCCCAGGCCUGUCCGGAGCUUCGGAAGUUCUCGUGUGGGAGCUGCGGGUUCGGGCUGAGGGGGCUCAACGCCCUGCUCAAUGGCUGCAUCCACCUUGAGGACUUAACCGUCAAACGAAGCCUGCACCCCUCAUUGCCUAAAGACCGCGUCACGCAGAUCCCACACGUGUCGGACUCGCUCUCUCCACCGGCCAACCUCUCUCUGAAGCGCCUCUGCCUCAAGGACCAACGCCAGUCACACAUCUGGGUGCCGCUGCUGCAGGCCACGUCGAGGCUAGAAACCCUAAUUUUGGCACGGAAUGCGGGGCACUGGGACCAGGUGCUCGUUAGCUCUCUCAGGGAGAAGCUCACUCCGGAGCUGUCUCAGAUUUACGUGGAGAGGGUGCAGAUAACGGACAAGGGACUUCAGUGCAUCGGCAAGUGCCCCAAGCUAGAGGCGCUGGUGGUGGUGCGCACACCCGAGUGUACCGAUGCCGGCAUGGCGGCUGUAGCAGCCGGCUGUAGCGGGCUGAAGAGGCUGCACGUGGAGGGGUGGGCGCCGGGGCAUCUGGGAGACCCGGGGCUGUCAGCGAUCGCCAGGCACUGCCGGCAGUUACAGGAGCUGCUGCUGGUGUCCCAUGCCUGCACCGUCUCUUCUCUCCAACUGCUCGCCUCCAACUGCCCUUCCUUAGAGCGCCUCACGCUCUGCUCAGGCCACAACAUGGGAGACCCAGAGCUCGCCACCCUCGCCUACUCCUGCUCCAACCUCCGCCGCCUCUGCGUGAAAGCCUGUAACAAGGUUACUGACCUCGGGAUUUACGCGCUCGCGAAUGGGUGCCCGAGCCUGCAGCGGCUGAAGGUGAGGCGGUGUCCGGCUGUUUCGGCGCAUUCGCUGAGUGUUCUGCAGGAGCAGAGGCCGACUGCUCGCACUGCUGCUGCUGCAGCUGCCGCUGCUGCUGUUGCGGGUGGUGGUGGUGGGGGGUUUGGUCGAGGCGGUGGGGGUGGGAGCAGCAGCAAUGCUGGCCCAAGCAGAGCCAACAGUGGUUGGACGUACGUCACUCCCUCUGGUAGCGUUUCAGCUGCAGCUGCUGGUGGUUCCAAUCCUGCUGGCAGUGUGACCGCGGGUCCUGCACCGGGAGGGAGUGGAGGGAGUGGUGGGGAAGCAGGGAGGGAGUCCGGGGCGGGGAGAGGUUAUAGGGCUCGCCCCCUCACGCCCCCGCUGCACCUCCCGCUGCGGUCUUCCCCCUCGCCUGUGCCUGCUCGCCCUGCUGAAGCCCCACCCCGGCUCACUGGCAGCGCUAGCGGCACUGGUGGCAGUGGUGGCAGUGGUGAGGGUGGUAGCAGCAGCAGCGGUGGGGGGGGUGGUGGGGGGGAAACUGGGGGUGUGGGAAGGGAAAGAGUGAUUGAAGGAGGUUGUGCAGCAGGUUUGGCUGCAGGUUCGGAGGCAGGUUUGGGGGCAGGUUUGGGGGUAGGCGGGGUAGGCAGAGGGUCAGGCACAGAGCAGGGAGCAGGAGGUGAGAGAAGGACAGAGAGUGUGGUAGGAGCAGAGGGGUUGGGGGAAACAGAGGCGGGUGGGGCUGCUGGGGGGUUACCAGAAGCAGCAGGGGCGGCUGGGCAAUUGGUGGCCCUUGGGAUCAGGGAAAGAGAGUGGGCUACUGUUAUGGCUGGUGGUGCUGCUGGUGAUGGUGCUGGUGGUGGGGCGCAAAUGGCGGAGGAGGAAUUCGAUGAGCUCUGCUUCGAGUUCGGCAUCGAGCUUUCUCUUCCCACAUUCCCCACAUUCCCCACAUUGCCUGAUCCCUGCUCUCCCCCUCUCAUUCCCGUGUGUCUGUCUGUCUGUCCGUAUGAUCGUUCAGCGGAGGAGGAAUUUGAUGAGCUCUGUUUCGAGUUCGGCAUCGAGCUUGAUGAUGUGACCACAGAGAAGGCUAUUAUCCGCAAGGAGAAGCACCUAACGGACGAGGGUCCAGCGGAGGACGAGGAGGUGAUCUACAAGAUCGAGGUGCCUGCCAACCGCUACGACCUGCUGUGCCUGGAGGGGCUGGCCCGCUCGCUGCGCAUCUUCCUGGGAAUGGACCCUGCGCCCCAGUUCAAGCUCGCUGCUGCUGCCAGCCCCAUCCGCAUCACUGUCAAGCCUGAGACGGCCCUGAUCCGCCCCUUCGUGGUUGGGGCAGUGCUGCGCAACAUCACGUUCGACCAGCACCGCUACAACAGCUUCAUCGACCUGCAAGACAGGCUGCACCAGAACCUGUGCCGUCGCCGCACGCUUGUGGCGAUCGGGACACAUGACCUAGACACGCUCACACCACCCUUCACGUAUGAGGCCCUACCUCCCACGGAGAUCAAGUUUGUGCCACUCAAGCAGACCAAGGAGUUCAAUGCUGCUGAGCUCAUGGAGUUUUACAAGUCUGACAACAAGCUUAAGAAGUUCCUACACAUCAUCAGCGAAUCGCCUGUCUUCCCAGUGAUCUAUGAUGCCAACAGAACCGUGCUGUCUCUCCCGCCGGUGAUCAACGGCUCACAUUCAGCCAUCAAGCUGACCACGCGCAACGUGUUCAUCGAAUGCACCGCCACUGACCUCACCAAGGCCAAGAUCGUUCUCAACACCGUUGUCACCAUGUUCUCCGAGUUCUGUGAAAACAAGUUCGAGGUGGAACCGGUGGAGGUGGUAUCUACGGAGGGGCAGGUGGCGGUGUACCCUCAGAUGGAGGAGAGGGAUGUGGAGACAUCGGUGGGGUAUAUCAACAAGGCUAUUGGCGUUGACCUUAAAGCCGAGGAGAUCGCCCGGCUGCUGACGCGCAUGCAGCUGCCGUCCACGGUGGUGGAGGGGCGGAGAGGGGAGGACGGGGCCGAGGUGGUAAGCGUGACAGUGCCGCCCACUCGCAGUGACGUGCUGCACCCCUGUGACAUUAUGGAGGACGUGGCUAUCGCACACGGUUACAACAACAUUGCUCGCACAGAGCCCAAGACGGUGUGUGAGGGCAAGCAGCAACCUCUCAACCAGCUGUGCGACCUGCUGAGGGGCGAGGUGGCCCAGGCUGGCUUCACAGAGGUGCUCACGUGGGCGCUCAUCGCGCGCAGCGAGAACUUUGAGAUGGUGAACUUGAAGGAUGAUGGCAAGACGGCUGUUGUCAUUGGCAACCCGCGCUCUGCUGAUUUCGAGGUGGUGCGCUCGUCUCUCCUCCCCGGAAUGCUCAAGACGCUUGCCAGCAACAAGGACUCGCCGCGCCCGGUGAAGCUCUUUGAGGUGUCGGACGUGUGCCUUCUGGACGAGAGCAAGGACGUGGGGGCGAGGAAUGAGAGGAGGCUCAUAGCUCUCUACUGCAACCUGCACUCUGGUUUCGAGGUCAUUCACGGUCUGGUCGAUCGCCUCAUGGAGUCGCUGGGAGUGGCGUUUGGAGGCCAGGCAGGGGCGGACGGAACAAUGGCUCUUGCCGAUGGGCCGGCCACACAGGGUGACGGUGGGGAUGCCAAGGCCGCUGCUGCUCUCAAGUACUUCAUUGCUCCCUCACAAUCUCCCCAGUUCUUUGGGGGGCGUCAGGCCGAUAUCCUCUUUAAAGGAAGAUCCAUUGGCACCUUUGGUGUCGUUCACCCAGAGGUCCUUGCGCGUUUUGACACCCCCGAUCCUUGCUCUGCUGUGGAGAUUAACCUAGAGCCAUUUCUUCAGUUAUAG